AAUGGCUCUGAGUGGGGCCCGGCUUGGGAUCUGGAGGACGCUCUGAGCUGCCGGGCGCGGUUCAUCAGCACAGUGCCCCGGCUCAGGCGCUGCGGUACCAUGAGGCGCCGGCACUUAAGAGAUUAUGGCAUUUGAUACUCACCAUGUUAAAAAACGGAACUUCUCUAAUAGUAUUGAUCUUCCUAGAAAGAGGAUCUCUAAUUUCACCAGUAAGAACAUGAAGGAGGUUAAGAGAUCUCCAAAACAGUUGGCUGCUUACAUAAGUAGGACAGUUGGACAAGCAGUGAAAAGCCCAGAUAAACUGCGCAAGGUGCUCUACCACAGAAAGUUAGUUCGUCAUUCCUUCCCAAAUCCUUGUUACAGACCUAAGCAGUCCCCUAAAAGUGGGGGCUGUGACAUGGCAAAUAAAGAAAAUGAACUGGCUUGUGCAGGCCAUCUACCUGAAAAUUUACGCCACGACAGUCGGACAUUUGUCAUUAACACCAGUGAUUCUGGGUCUUCACAGACAGAAAACCCAUCAUCAAAAUAUAGUGGUUUCUUUUCUGAGGUUUCUCAGGACCAUGAGACAAUGGCCCAGGUUCUAUUCAGCAGGAAUUUGAGAUUGAAUGUAGCUUUGACUUUCUGGAGAAAGAGAAGUAUAAGUGAACUUGUAGCUUAUUUAGUGAGGAUAGAAGACCUUGGAGUUGUGGUAGAUUGCCUUCCUGUUCUAACCAAUAGUUUACAGGAAGAAAAGCAAUAUAUCUCACUUGGCUGCUGUGUAGACUUACUUCCUCUAGUAAAGUCUUUACUUCAAAGCAGAUUUGAAGAAUAUGUAAUUGUUGGCUUAAACUGGCUUCAAGCAGUAAUAAAAAGGUGGUGGUCGGAACUCUCAUCUAAAUCAGAAAUUAUAAGUGAUGGAAAUAUUAAGAUUUUAAAGCAACAGUUGAAUGGAUUAUGGGAACAAGAAAAUCAUCUUACUUUGGUUCCAGGAUAUACUGGUAAUAUAGCUAAGGUAAUCUAUAUUUAUAAUUUAAGAGUUAUAUGUGAAUUUAAUAUUGAUUUGUAUUGAUAUGCUUAUCUCUUACAGGAAAAAGGCACAUUACUAGUUGGGAUUUUAAUAUUUAAACUCCUAGCGGACAUUGAUAGUUAUAAUUGCAGAAAGAAUUGGUGGUAAGAAGUAUUUCCACCUGCUGCUGUGCGUUUACUGUCAUGAGUAGUUACUUGCCAUAAAAUAAAAACAUCGUAUGAUUUAAGGAAAUGUUUAUGUUACUGGCUCAUGAAAUUUUCUUGGAUACCUAUGUAAAAAGAAACAAAAGAGACUGAGCAUUAGAUAUAUCACUGUAUAUUUCCCAGCCUCUUACUCCAUCCCCUUUUCUCCCUCCCUACCUUACCUCUUUGUCUUUUGUUUGUGCUCAGACAGUUUUACUAUG